UACUGGUCGAGUAUUCUUUGGAAACUGCAGCUCAACCUGAACAUUACGAAACAAAAAUCUACGCAAUACUCACCUUUGAAUUUGUUAAUUGGCAGCGAUGGUGUAACGCCCGUCAUACGAUCCAUAGUACGCGAUGUUGCUUUGGAAGCAAGCAGUCCUAACCGAGAGUCCUUGCGCGAGCUGGCACGGCAACGUGCGUCUGAACUCUUGGACAAGAACCGCCUGCAACAGGAUGCUCGCGUGAACGAGCGUCGCAAGCCACCAAAGUCGCACCAGUUAAACGACUUGGUUUUCGUACGCAAGACAAGCCAGUCUUCCGGAAAAUUGGACUCCAGCAUGCGAGGGCCUUAUACCAUCACGAAAAUAUUACCACAAGGCCGGUAUGAGCUAAAGUUGGUGUCUGGCUCGUAUGGCAAGACCACUCAAGCUGCGGCCGAAUACAUAGUGCCAUGGCGUGGGGAAUGGACCCCAGAUGUAUGUAUGGCGUUCUUUGAGUGUGAGUAUUUUAUGUGUACAUUGUACUUGUAUGUUGAGUAUCCCGAGGGCUCUACUCAGAAUGCAUCCUGAGGGCUCUGCAUUCAUGGUACGCUCCGCACCCCAAGGGGGCGGCGGAUGUAGUACUGAUAACGCAUCCUGAGGGCUCUGCGUUUGUUGGGUGUACAUCCCGAGGGCUCUGUACAUCCAUAUUUACUAGUAACCUGAGGGCUCUGCUAGUUUAGUUCUGAGAUAACCUGAGGGCUCUGUCUCUUAUUUUGCGUUUCUUGAAUUGUAUAUCCUGAGGGCUCUGUACAUUUAUACUAUCUAGUAACCUGAGGGCUCUGCUAGUUUAGUUCUGAGAUAACCUGAGGGCUCUGUCUCUUACUUUUUAACCAUUUAUUGACUGACUUUUCUAAUAUAUAAAAAUGUGUUUUAAAGGUGACGAGGAUGAGAUCAAAGAUCACAGAAUCAGUGGAAGUAACGCUGAAAAUUCGUUGCAAGAAGUUGGGGUCCAUGCUGACAAUUUACAUCGGUCAUCCAGCCCAAGCCACAAUACGGGCGAGGACGCACCUUCUUCAGGAAAGGCCGAAUUAGCAUAAUAAUUAGAAGACCGGGAGACGUGGCUUAGUUUACACGUAGGAUUAUAUCCUCUUUGGUUUGCAACGGCCAGCUCGCGCGGACCAUUGCGUCGUUGAUAUGUUUUUCUUUAUUUAGCUGUCAUUUGUUUUUUUUUCUUUCUCUGAGAUUAGAUCGGACGGACGUUCACAUUAUU